AACCAUCUCUUCUCUUCACAAUUAAACUAUUUUAUGCGACUAUUAAUGAAUUAAAUUGAGAAAAUGUUUCCUUUGCCCAGCCCAGCUGUUGCACUCUGGGAUACAUCCAUUCAGGCCAAACCCCACACACACACUCACACUCACACACCUCACUCUGCCCAUGAGGGAUAAAGUCUCCAUCUCUCCCUCCAUCCUCCAUCUUAUCUGGGAAGUCCCGGCCAGGUCCAGCUGUUCGGACCAAAGUCCCAACCCUGUCCUUCCUGGGUGUCCCCACUUUCCUUUCGUCUAUUCCCCGGGGGGGCGGUUAAGACCUCCUCCAGCACAUCAUCCACCACAGACCAAGAGCCUCAGCUGGAUUCGUCCUCUCUGCUUUUUUAAAAAUAGGCUGGGAUAUCAGCGUGGACAGCUAAGAGACCUGGACGCAUCCUGGGGAUUGAGGAAUGUCUCUGCACUUCCCAGAUCCUUCAUAUCUGUGUGAAUCCUCUGAGUAAUUGUCUGUGUGUGUCUGUGUGUGUGUGUGUGGGUGUGGGUGUGUGUGUGUGUGUGUGUGUGUGUGUGAAGAUAGAUCUGUAUUAGUAGCUGGAGAGAGGAUCUUCUGUCCAGAUGAAAGAGUGGACUGAGUUGGAGAUGAGUUUUUCGGCAGGGGGGUUCCUCUCCGCCUCGGACAGUUACUGUGCCACAGAGCAGCUCCAGUAUUACGACAUGCUGGCUGAUCCUCUGGGCUACCCCCUGCAGGACCCUGACCUCCAGCUGCCUUACAGCCAACAACAGUACAGCCCCGCCAACCUGCCCUUCUCCCUCUAUGGCUCUCCACCUUCCUCCACCUCCUCUCCCUCCUCCUCCUCUUCCUCCUCGCAGCCCUGCCAUCUUCCGUACCACUACAGUCCUCACUGCAUGGAGGCCCCCUGCGAUCCCAGCCCCGAGCCCUAUUGCAGGGGUCUGGCUCAGGGGCUGGGAGCGAUAGGAUUGCCCCUGGGGCGGAGGACACGGGUGGGGUUGGGAGGGAAGAGCAGAGGUCAGGAAGAGCUGUGUGUGGUGUGUGGAGAUAAAGCGUCAGGGUAUCACUACAACGCUCUCACCUGCGAGGGAUGCAAAGGUUUCUUUAGGCGUAGUGUAACUAAAAAGGCUGUGUAUCACUGUAAGAGUGGCGGUGGCUGUGAGAUGGACAUGUACAUGAGGAGGAAGUGCCAAGACUGUCGGUUGAGGAAGUGCCGCGCUGUGGGAAUGCUGGCUGAGUGCCUUCUGACGGAGGUGCAGUGCCAGUCCAAACGACUGAGGAAAGGAGGUAAAGUCAGAGGACAGGAGGAAGAGGAGAGCCCAGACAGCAGGAGGGUCAGCUCUACCAGCAGGCUACCUGGACAGCAGGCCCAGUCUGCCAGUAUAACCCGAGAACAGAAGUACAUUGUAGACAGGAUGGUGGAGGCCCAUCGACUGUACAGAGCACAGGACAGCAGCCAUGGCAGGUUGUUUGAGUGGCCAUGUACAGAAGAGGCGGAGGGCUUGCCUGAUGUCAUAUCGCCCCACCUGCAAAGACUGCUACAGUUUGCCAGGACGAUGCCAGGUUUUGACCUCCUGGAUUUUUCCGACCAGAGCUCUCUCUUGUCUGUCUCUUCACUGGAGGUCAUGUUCCUGCUCUCAGCUCAGCAGUUCUCCCACAACCCAGCAAGCCCCAGUCCAGCACUUCAGAUUUUCAGUAUGUCAACACACAACUGGCUUAGAAAUGUAGAGUCAAAGGAAAACCUCCACAGUAGGACGCUGCCAGUCCACUCAGGAGGCAGUGAGGAUCUCCUUGGGCCGGUGCUCAACUUCUUCCACAGCAUGGCAGCGCUGCGGGUGACGGAGGCUGAAUACACCCUGCUCACUGCUACAGCUCUGCUCUGCUCAGACCGUGCGUCCCUGCAGGCUUCCAGCUGCGUUGACAAAAUGCAGGAACUGAUUCUGGACUUGCUGUCAACGAUGUGUGGGGCCCAGGCUGGAGCUGCGCGAGGGGGACCACAGCGGUUUGGCCGCCUGCUGGGCAGACUGACGGAGCUACGAACCCUCCGUCACAACUACCUCCUUCUGACAAGCCAGGAGCCCGGACAAUGACGAAGAGGACACACCGGAAAUGGGGAAAACCACCACUAUCAUCUCUGGGGAGUUUCAUGUUUGCAUUGAAGGACUAGAUGGUGCUGUAUGAGCUGAACAAUUGUACAAAAACAUUUUGGAAAUGCAAGAUUUUCACCUGUCAUUGAUAAGCCUGUGUUGGAUUAUUUGUUCUCACACACUAAUCUUCCACCAUUUGCUCAGUUGACUUCAGGUUCUGCUGUCAUUAUUGAAUUUUAGCUUAUGAUGGGAUUGAAAUGUUUGUUGGACAAAAGAUAUUGUAUAGGUCUUUUUAUACCUGUUGUAUACAGCUAACAUGUACACUUACAGUACUUUUCACAAAGCUCAGUGUUGUUAAAAUAAAACUACAAUGCAGACUGUGUGCUCGCUGGAGUUCAUCAGUGGACAAUAUCUUUUCCCGACUGAAACCAGGGACUAAAUGAACAUCACUUUCACUUCACCCGUUAGCUCUUCAAGACAUUUGGAGCUGAUUGUCUGAAUCCUUGCUUGUAAAGCAUUAUUAAAUAAUACUAGAGUGACAACUGAUCUCUUAAAAAUAAAAAGUUUGACCCUUUUGAACUUUAUUUCUAUAAUUCGGUCACCCACGAAUACAUUAUUUAUCUCUGUAUGUAAAAAAGAGAUUUGAUAACACACAUAAAUAUGUACACAAAGUGUGCCUUUUAUCAUAUACAAGUGUCUUUGUAAAAGAUUAAAAUGUAAAAAGCUAAUGUAUAAAAGAUGGCAGUGAUCCAUUCAUGGGUGAUUCUUCAACUACGGACCAUUUUGGUCUGGAACUUUUCAGAAAAAAUUAAAUGUAUUUAGAGAAAUGUUUCAAUAUGUUAUAUUUCUACAUCCUGUGUAUUAACACUUCUUGACAGUGGCUAUGCUGGAUUUCUUUAAAUAAUAUACAAUUGUUGUGAUUUUAUUAAAACAGUCGGAGGAAAUCAUCAUUUCCAUCACACCACAAAAAGUUGUUUUAAAAGAAAAAAAGAUUUACUAUACCUUGUGUUUUCAAAAAAUAUUAACUAAUGGUACUUAUAACGGCACAAUUUUCCAAACUACAAAACAUUUUUUAUGUGAUUAUGUCAAUUUGUAUGCAUCUUUUGGUUAAAAUAUGUGUUGUGACUGGAGUGACAUUGUGUGACGGAAAUGGCUGCAUGUGUUGGAAAUGACAGGUCACAAAAACAUUUUUAAACAAUGUUCAGUUUUAUUUUCCCUGACACAAAAAAAUAAAAACAUUUUAAGGGAAGAACCUUUUAAGCAGAUACAAUCAUUUGGCAGAACAUUUCUGGAAACUGCUGAAAACAAGCAAGUUGCAAAUAUUGCACUUACUAUUUAGCGCAAAACAAAAGGUCCCUGAUUCAUUCUCUUUGGUGGUUCCUUGUCGGUGAAUAGUAAUCACAGAUAUAUUUUUGAACAGCUACCCCACUGCCAUUUCAUUUAACAUACAUUAUUUUCUCUGAUAUGAGUAUUAACACUCAAAUGGUCUUUUCAUCACAAUAAUCAAAGUGAUGGAAAUUAUUUUUAUGGAAAUUACGUUUUGUCACAUUCUUUAAAUAAUCUCAUGAUAUGUUAGCAUGCUAAAGUCGGCUUUAGAGCUAGCAUUAAAUAAACACA